AAACAGGAUACUUAAAAUAUACACACGCACUUUCACCCACACAAAAAACCACAUACAUAUACUGUCGUCCUGGUGCCUGCUCAACGUCAACUAAAAUUGUAUUGCCUCUGUCUGUGUGAGUUCAUAUUUUUGGACUGCCUCUCGCACAUGCCCUUGCCCUAGCCCUUGCUCCUCACCCCCCGCCUCCCAGCCACACAGCCAACCGAAACAACUUGUGAGCAAAGCACGAAAUAAAUAUAAAAUAGACCCGAAACAACAACGUUCACUGCUGCGCGCUGCCGCUGAGGUGUUUUGGCCCGAGGCGAGGCGACGGGCGCAAAGCAAACACCAGAAAAAAGAUACAGAAGAAAGAUGCCCGAAUGCUGGACAGAGAUUGAUGCUGGCUGCCGCCGACAUACAGCAACAACGACAACAACAACAACAUUACCAACGAUAGAGAGAGAGACAACCGACAGCAAUUGAGAAAUCUUAAACGAUUAAGCCCUGAACGCACUCGAACAUGAAUAAACAAUUCCUGAGCGUCUCCCAGGAGCAGCAUCCGCACUCGGUCGACGACCAGCGCAGUCGCUCGCGCUCGGAGCGUGCCGCCAGCCUGGCGCUGCCCCUCAACUCUCUGCUGGACUUUUACGACAAGCAGCAGGAGCAGUGCAAGUCCGUCACACUGCUGCCACUGCCCAGCUCCAAUCACAGCAGCCAAAGCAGCAGCACCAGCAGCAUCGUGCGACGCCACUCCUCCCACUAUUACCCCAUGCUCGAGGAUAAGCAGAAGCCGUCGCAGCUAGGGGCCAACGGGGGCAACGAAAGGCUGGUUACCAUGACGGACCUGAAAUAUGGCAAGUCAGCGCCAAUGGGGGCUAUUGGGGCAGCCAAGCAGCAGCAGCUGGUACGUGUGGACACGCCAGUCACGCCACCGCCGCCCAUCCCGCGUCGCAUGCUGCGAGGCAAGUCUGGCUGGCAGCCGGGCCCAGCCGGACAGGAAGGCGCCCACGGCAUUGGGACAGUGUUUGUUUAUCCGCAGCCAGCAAACGUGACCACAGAGGCAGCCGGGCUGCAAUCAGCACUUCUUGUUGACAUAGCCACACGUCCGGCGCACGGAUAUUCGGAUGCCGAUGGUAUUUCCGAUGACGACCGCAUGAGCCUGGAGAACUCCGUGUUCGAUGAGUCGCUGACCUCCACACCUGUCAAGGUCGCUGGCUACCAUGCCAACCGCUACGCCGGGCUGGGCAACAUGGCCAAGCGGGCCCAGCGCUCCUCCAGCAGCACCGUCGACUCCGCCUACGGCUCCUCGGGAGGGCACAGCGAGCGCUUUGCAUCCAGCUCGACCAGCGUCGACUAUCGCAGCCGGUUCUCCUCGGUGGACACACAGUCCUCCCUCGACGAGAAGCCCACGUCCAUCUCCAUUGACUCCCCCCUGGCCAAGGAUACGUUCCGGCUGGAGCGCGACCGGGAGAGAGCCGUCGUCAACGAUGCCAUGCACAAGCUCAACAACAACAAUCCCAGCCUCGGCCUCGGUGUCGAGUUGGCCAGCAACAACAAUGUCGUCGCCAACAGCAGCAAGCUACCGACGGUGCCGGCCCGAAAGCAGCCACCAGUCAAGAUUGCACCGCCCAUCAGCAGCGGCAGCGGCAACAGCAACAGCAACAGCUCCGAGUCCAAUAAGGAAACCAGCAGCGUGUCUGCAUCGGCCUCCACCUCGUCAGCAGCUUCGGCUGGCUCCAGCACCAUCUCCAGCGGCACCAUGUCGUCCAUGUCGCUGGGCUUGGGCAUGGCUCCCGUGCCCGCUCCAGCUCCAGCUCUAGCUGCAGCUGCUGGCAAUCAGAAAGCCAUCAGCCAAAAACGUCCAGGGCCACCGGAGCCGCCGCAGCGAAUGAACAGCUCGUUUGAUUCCGUGGAUAGUACUCCCAGGGUUCACGCGGCACCGCCCUUGACCGUGCGCAACAAAUUGCGAAGCAACAAGCCGCCGCCCAUUGUCUACCCGAAGCUGCAGCAGCGCCAGGACUCAACCUUGUCCAGCGACAGCUACUCCAUCAGCUCUAGUCCCGGCUACAACUCGAAGCUGAUGGAGGUGCCGCUUCUGCCCUUGGCAUCAUCGAGUCAGAGCGGUCGCAAGGGCAUGGCCCAGCGCCAGCAGACGCCACUGAUGGACCUGGCACCCACACGCUUCAGCAAGCUGCUUCCGGCAGUGCCGCCGCCGCGGGGUAAGAUCAAUUUCCGCCAGGACUCGACCAUUUCCAGCGAUAGCUUCAGCCAGACGUCCAGCCCCGGCUACAAUUCGAAACUCAUGGAAGCCCCACUUCUGCCCUCCUUGUCGGCAAAGCGAUUGUGCAGCGCCCCGGCUCCGAUUGUCUGCCGCCAGGGAGUGCAACACGAGCCCAUCGAGGAGCUGGAGCCCCCGCAGACGCUGUCGCCCCUCAACAAGGCGAGUGCUCCGCCCAGCAGCUUGCAGACCAUUGUGCGCUUUCAGAAUGGAGCACCCCACACCAUGUCCUUGCAACAUCAGAUCAUCAAUCGACGCAAGAGCUCCAAUCCGUACAUCACCAACGGACGCUUGAAGUUCCGCCUGUUCCAGAUACUGAUCAACGCCUUUGCUCUGCUGGCCAUUGCUGGUGGAUUGGCAGCGUACUUCAACGCCUAUCCGACCAUCAAGUUCGUGAAUAAGACCAUCAUCAACACCAUCCAUGUGGAGGAGAACUCGAGCUUUGGCAAGAACCCCGCCCCCGGCACCUGUCUGCCCAUCAUCGUGCGCUUCUGUCAGGGCCCGCAGAUACCCUACAACUACACGGUCUUCCCCAACUACAUCGGUCACUUUGGUCAGCUGGAGACGCAAGUGGACCUGGACUCUUACGAGGCUCUUGUGGACGUCCGCUGCUACGAGCUGGUCUCCCUGUUCCUGUGCACCCUCUUCGUGCCCAAGUGCGGUCAGAGUGGUGCCACAGUGCCACCGUGCAAGACGCUCUGCACUGAGACAAUGCGCCGAUGCGGGUUCUUCUUCGAUGUGUUCGGGCUGAGUCUUCCCGAGUAUCUGAACUGCAAGCUCUUUAAGGACUUCCCCAGCUCCGAGGACUGCGUGGGUCUGGAGGAGGUGCGUGACGUUAUGAUAGCGGCCUCUAAUCCCAGGUGCGAUGGCUUUCAGUGCGACCAGAACCGCUGCCUGCCGAUGGAAUACGUCUGCGAUGGACACUUGGAUUGCAUGGACCAGACCGACGAGGGAAGCUGCGACCGGUGUGGCGUGGACGAGAUCUACUGUGGAGACAACCAGUGUAUUGCAACCAAGCACAUCUGCGAUGGUAUCAUCGACUGUCCGUACGGCCAGGAUGAGCGUAAUUGCCUGAGGCUGAGUGAGCGGAAUGGGGAUGUGGGCGCCGGGGUUCUGGAGGUCUACCGCAUCGGACAGCGCCAGUGGAUGCCCGCCUGCGUGAAGAACUGGGACCGGGCCGUCUCACCCAGCGCCGUGUGCUCCAUUCUUGGCUACUCGGCCGUGAACGCCACCAGUGUCCUGACUCAGCGAACACACCGUCCGCUACUGGCCUCGGUGAACGUCUCCACCGACAUCUGGAAGAUGUACGCCAAGCGACGGUCCACCCUGAUGCAGGAGUUCGCCAACUGCAAGAAGACCGAGGACUAUCCCAUGGCCGAGCUCACGUGCUCCAACUAUGAGUGCGGCAGGGUGAAACGUGGACGCCACAAGCCCUCCAGGCGGAUCAUUGGGGGCAGUCAGGCCAAUCCCGGCAACUGGCCCUUCCUCGCCGCUAUUCUGGGCGGGCCCGAGAAGAUCUUCUACUGCGCCGGCGUCCUCAUAUCUGAUCAGUGGGUGCUCACCGCUUCCCACUGCGUGGGCAAUUACACCGUCAUCGAUCUGGAGGACUGGACCAUUCAGCUGGGAGUGACGCGCCGCAACUCCUUCACAUAUACGGGCCAGAAGGUCAAGGUGAAGGCUGUCAUUCCCCAUCCGCAGUACAACAUGGCUAUUGCCCACGACAACGACAUUGCCCUCUUCCAGUUGGCCACGCGUGUUUCCUUCCACGAGCAUUUGUUGCCAGUUUGCCUGCCGCCGCCAAGCGUGAGGAAUCUCCACUCCGGCACCCUCUGCACCGUCAUCGGAUGGGGCAAGCGCGAGGAAAAGGACCCCAAGUCAACCUACGAGUUCAUAGUCAAUGAGGUGCAGGUGCCCAUUAUCACGCGCAACCAGUGCGACGAGUGGCUCGACAAUCUGACCGUCUCGGAGGGCAUGGUAUGCGCAGGCUUCGAUGAUGGCGGCAAGGAUGCCUGUCAGGGUGACUCGGGUGGUCCGCUGCUCUGUCCGUAUCCGGGGGAAAAGGACCGCUGGUUUGUCGGCGGCAUUGUGUCGUGGGGCAUAAUGUGUGCCCACCCAAAGCUGCCCGGUGUUUACGCGAACGUGGUGCAGUAUGUGCCCUGGAUCCAGGAGCAGAUGCAAAAGCAUGCACGACCUAUCGGCGAGGAGCGCAUCAACAAAUAUGAUUUGCAUCCGGGCGGACCUGACAUGCUCUCCAAAAUAGCCACGGAUCCCUCGCGAAACGGAAAGCCCUAUUACUACACCCACGGCAAGGUCCUGACCCAUGACUAAACACAGACAUAGAUUUAACAGAAGUAAUGUAUAUGUAUGAUGGGAUAAGGAGAGAGAUGAGAUGCAGGAGAGACAUCAGAGGACAGACGCAGCAAAUACUUGAAUACAGCAUUUGUGCUAACAGCAUUGCAGAAAGUACACAAAAUAGAGUUCCAGAAACCGGAAACACCCAGAUCAGAGGUGCUCAAUGUGGCGAGCGAUGGAUAGGAUAUAUUUUGCUACUGAACUUACGGUAUUUUGGCGGAUCUCGACGCGUAUCGAGCUAGCUAGCAUAACACCGAUGUAGGCAACAUAAUCAUGUGUCAAUUUGCCGAAUUUAUUUGUCAAUUUUUUUACAAAGAGAUUUCUAUAAACCCAAAAGAGAGCAACUGAAGGAAAACCAAAGAUAAUCCAAACCAAAAAGGCGAAACUAUAUGUCAAUAAAUAAUGAAUAACCGAUUUAUAUAUUUACACAAAAAAAGAAGAUAAACGAUAUACAAUACAUAUAUAAUCACGGAAGAAGAUGUGGAUUAUACCCUAAACCUAACCUAACCGAUAUGUAACCGAUUGGUAAAUGUGUCUAAAUAUCCCGAGUCGUCCCGGACAAUAAAUCAAUUUCAUAGCUGAAUUUCGUGUUGAAAGGUAUUGUUAAUGGAAGCCUUUCUAUAAAUAAGAAAACGGCAAGCAAACAUUUUAUUAAUCCCAAGACAAAAAUGUAUGAUUGCCGCCAAAUAAAUAUACAAAUAUAUUUACAUAUAUCGAGAAAUUAAUAAAAAAAAAAAUAACAUACCUACCAUAUAGUAGAUCCAAAACUAUCAAGUGUUAAAAACUAGAACGGAAAAUAAUUUCUGUAGACACGAUCUAUGUAACUAAAACUAAACAAAAG